AUGGCUACUGGAUGGUCAACAAUUACAAAAGAAAACACCAACUUUGCUCGAUUGUGUAAAUUACUCAUCGAUGGAGGAACUCAUGYCCUUARAGUCAUUUUUGAUGCCAAACAUCCACCUCACGAUCUAAAGAAACAUUUGAUGGACAGCAGGAUUCAUAAUAUCUUAAAGAAUUUGAAGGCUAAAAAUCUUCUACGACCAGAGCAGUGGAACAGACUGUAUCCAAGUGUAGGAUCGGCAACAUCUGCAGGUUUUGACAUAACUCUUUUAAGUUUACUGUUGCGCAAUAUCUGCAAUUUGCCAACACCAGUAAAAGGGUGGAACGAAGAGCCUGCUACAGGAAGUGUUAACGUGGAAGAUGAUGUAGUAAGGCUGAGAUUAUACCGUAAUAAUCUGUAUGGUCACAUCUCUGAACCAGCUCUAUCARAYGCUGAUUUCAACAAGUACUGGAACGACAUUGAAACUGUUUUGUUAAGACAUGGUGUAAACAAGACAGCCAUUGAUAGUCUUAAGACACAAUCCUUCGAACCAGAAGAUGAAGACUACUACAUCAAAUGCUUAAAAGAAUGGAUCACUGAUGAGGCUGAUAGAGUAAUCCAUGAAGUGAAGGAAUCAGUGAAGGAAUCAGAAAAGAGAGUGCUGGAUGAAUUUGGAAGCGUAAAGGACAAGCUGGAAAAAGUUGAUAAUAUAGAGCAAAAGCUAGACCAAGUAAGUCCAACGCGACCUUCAAGUCGACCGACAACAUCUCAAGGUAUGACACUAUCAUCAGACUCUUUUCUCGACCAUGUAGCCCCGAGUUUUUAAU